AUGAUAUCACCAGAAGCGAUGGCGCUGAUCUUCGCCGUGGCGGGGCGGGAGAAGGAGGAGGAGAUGGAAAGGCGGGGCUACUGGCUCGAGGAGAGGACCAACGAUGAGCGGAACGGGAACAAGAACAAAAAUAACGAGGAGAUGAUGGGUCGUAGCGUCUUGGCGCACUCUACGCCUUCCUCGUGUUUCCCGCGAACCCUCACCCUAGAGCAUACGCGCAUCUCAUCGCCCAACUUGACGACUGCUCUCAUCAUCUUCCGCUGCGCCUGUAGCGCGCCCGACGGUUCCUCGGUAAAAGCCGCAGCAACAGAGCAACGCAAGUCUGCGCUCGAACACUGUACCAUGUCAAACGGCGACGCUUGUUCCUACCCGCUAGAUGGAAGGGAGCUCUCAACUAUCGGCGACGGCGAACUCGGUGGACAAGUCGCGACGACGAACAGCGCAAAAUCAUCCUCAGGCAAGUAA